CGAUAGACGACGUCGCAAUGCCCGCCGAAGACGUCAGCGACCUCCGAGAGGUCGUGGACGCGAUCAAUCGACUCUGCGAAAACAUGAAGACUAGUUAUGACGAGGAGGAACCAGAGUUGGUCCCCUCAGACGAGGCAGUGGUCCGACGGGUCGAGAACUACGUCGCCGAGAAAUGGAGCGACUCUGUCGUCGAAGAGGUGUCCGAUACGGAUCAGCUGGUGACAGUGUGUGAACCGAUAAGCGAAUAUUACACGGCCUCGUCUGAAGUGUCCUUACUCUCUGAUGAAAUGUGCCAACCGGAUAAGGAAAAGGUUGACCGAAAUUACGCCUCGUCUGAAGUAUCUUUACUGUCGGAUGAGUUGGCUCAAUUUGAAGAUUCGGAUAAGGAAAGGGACGAUAGGAACAGUGUAAUGGCCGGUCACGUGGCCGCUAUGAGAGAGAGGUUUGAGAGUAUGACGCGAACCAGCACUCCGUGUCCGGAUGUAUUGCGAUCCGCGUCACCCGGCUUCGACAUAUUGUUCAGGAACAUAACCCCUUCGCCCGAUCAGUUAGACAAAUCAUAGAUGACUCAGGUAAGAGGCGAAUAGUAGGUGCCAGUUGAAUUUACAUUUCUAAAUUUUUAUUCAAUUUAUAGCAUUAGUAACCUAAAUUAGUCCUGGUGUAGGUCGAAAGCAAUGCGUUAGCUAAAGAUGGUGCCCUCACAUACACAUUACUUCAUUUACUUUUUCUCUUACCAGCCUGGUCAUCAUUACAAUAUACAUGUGGAAUCUGCGAUUUAAGAAAUUAAGAGCAGUAAAAUAAUUAGGUGCCAAGGACUCCAAAUGUACAUUGUAAAUAUGGUAUUUUUUAGAAAGGGUUGUGAUCUAUUUACUUCAACUACUUAAUACCAUCGACCAUACAUAUCGAUUAGAUUUAGAGCUGGCAAUAUUUAAAGGAACUAGUACAUAUUUUGAUUAACCUCAUAUUCUGUCGUAUUGUGAUUUGGGAAAGCUCAAAUUUUGUAGCAUUUACUAUACGAAAAUUGUACAAUUAGCGAAAAAUAAGUUAUCAGACCAAAAAAGCGUUUAGCUUCGUUCUAGCGUUUACUGUAUUUACAUACUUUGGACACGGUUGCCAUAUUAUAUUAGUGAAAUAGAUGAUAGCGAUUCGUUGACAAAUUUAAUUUUUAUAGCGUCCUUUGUUUUAUGAAAUCUGUUGUGAAUUUUACCAAGUUUAAAUCAGUUACGUGUUGGUUUGACGGUGAUACUAGUUAGAUUUUAUAUUACGUAUAGUUACGGGGCAUUGGUAUUAUCUUGCAAAUUAGCGUAGUUCUUGUAUUAUAACGUUACAUAUACAAGUGAGACCUUUAACGAUUCAAUAUAUGGCUUUAUUAUGUAACAAAGACUUUUAUUUAUGUACCCUAUGUUGUAAUUAGCAUGGUAUUAUCAAAAAUAUUGUAAAUCUCGACUCUUCGAUUGUUCUACUAUAUUGGGUAAACCCUCCUAAUAAUUUAAUUGUAUCUUUGUAGAAUUUAUUUAAAUCUUUCCUAAAUGGCUUAAGUUAACUUUAAGGGUUAAGAUUCUAAAACUUCCGUACGUCAAAACGUAUUGACAUUGACAUAUGGUAGUCAUAGCUCGAGCUGUCAUGACGCCAUACCAUUAGUUAUUAAGGUAUAAAUAAAACAAAAUUCCAUUUGAGAGCAUUUUAUUGAGUAAAUCUGUCAAAAUUCUACACGAGUAGAGCAAACGUCACAACUUGUGGAAACUCUUAAGGAAAAAACGUUCAAGGCGAAAAUAUAACAUUAACAUCUUAUUGUUACUCUUACACACUUUUAACUGUAAAUUAACUACAACGCCCGUCUUAAUGGCGCGGGCUGUUUAAAUAUCGCUAAGGGACAGGGGGCCGCCAAUCCAACAACUUGUGUUGUGACAGAACUCGAGUCGCCUGUUACUUGACGCUUCAUUAAUUUAGCAUUUCAACUUUAGCUUAAGUUUUUAGAAUGUCAUCAUUAUAAUAGCUAUUCGAGGUUUUCUUUUAGUAAUAUGAAGAUUUAAAAUUUCUCAAAAUAUUAAUGUAGCGUCAUCGCACAGGGAACUGCCGGCCCAACCCGCAAACAACGCACAGACAUACGAAACAGUUCACAAUUGUUAACAAUAACUAUUACCACUAUACUAGAC